UCGCGCCGCCAGGGGCCACUCCCGCCACUGCAAUCACCGACAGUAUGGAAGACUACGAGAGCGUUUUGCUCGUUAAAAACGAAGUUUUCGUCUACAAAAUACCACCGCGGACGACAAACAGAGGUUACAGGGCUGCUGACUGGAAGCUUGACGCUCCAGAAUGGAAAGGGCGUAUGAGGCUGGUCACAAAGGGCAAGGAGUGCUUUCUGAAACUCGAGGACAAGAUUUCGGGUGAAUUGUUUGCCAAAUGCCCAAUCGACAAGUACCCGGGUAUUGCAGUUGAGGCUGUAAUGGAUUCAAGCCGCUACUUUGUCAUUAGACUGCAAGAUGACAAUGGCCGUGCAGCAUUCAUUGGAAUUGGUUUCGCAGACCGAGGUGACUCGUUCGACUUGAAUGUUGCUCUUCAAGACCAUUUCAAGUGGCUUGAGAAGAGUGAGGAGUUGGAGAAAGGUGCUACUGAUCCCAGUCAGCCACAUUUGGACCUCAGUUUCAAGGAAGGCCAAACGAUCAAGAUCAACAUGAACAUUGGUCAGAAGUCUGGCUCGGGCAAGAGCAGACCCAGGGCUGCCGCCUCCGGCAGUGGCUUGCUGCCGCCGCCACCAGGAGGCGUCAAGCUGCCUCCGCCGACCUCACAGCUCAGCAGUGGCCUCCGACCACCUCCGUCGAGUCCGGCCACGGCUCAGACGCCCGAGGGCAACGGAGACUCCUCCUCGCCCUCGCCCGCCUCCUUGCCUGCAGCGGUCAAAGCUGGAGCAGUGGGGAACCUGUUGGACCUGAGCCCACCAAAGGAAGCUCCCCCUUCGCUUUUGCCUGGUGAUGGUCCAGCUGGAAACACGACAUCGGUAGCACCGGCAGCAGCCACUUCCGCUGACCCCUGGGGUGACUUUGCCAGUGCUCCCGUUGUACCACCAGACAGCAGCAGCAGCACACCAUCACAGCAGUCUUCGAAUCAAGAGGCCUGGAUUCAAUUCUGAGCCAUCCCAACACCUCCUGCAGGCACCCUCCAGUGAAUGCGAAAGAAGGCGCAGUUAUGAGGCACAUUCCAUUUUCCUUCCCGUCUUCUCCAUGUUUCCUUCCUUCCAACUUUUCCCGUCUCAAGUGUUCAGCUAAGACUGUAAAGAAAAAAAAAACCACUACCCCAUCCAUCUGUGGAUGGUUGUUUCUUGUACAUAAGUUAUAAAUAUUUAUAAUAUAUAUAUAUAUACAUUGUGGUGUACACACAACUCGCGCGCUGCUUAUUAGCUUUUGCUUUUCCUUGAAGUCUAGAUAUAGGAGUUAUUUUCUUACUCUUAUUGUUAGAAAAAAGGAAAUGUGAUACUACAUCUGGCCAGAUGGGCUGUGGAAAGCUUAGCUCAUGCCCAGAUGGUGCAGUCUUCUUUCAUUUCUUUGUUUUGGAAAGAGGGGUCUUCACACUGAAAAAGUUUGUUCAUUGUUUCCUCCAUGUGCUUAAAAAGAAAAGUGUCCUCUGUACUUAGAUAGGUGUGCCGCGUGUUAGACGACGGAAUUCAUGUUCGUGCCUGGCCUAGGAAGAACCAACGUCAUUGCUUAGAGAGGAAACCUGGUUUUUGCGUGGAUGUCGUGCAUGUAAGUGGCGGCACAAAUGCAACGAAAGUAAAUGUUUGCAAACGAGAA